AUGGCGGCGACGUACCCAAUGGCCUGGAUAUCCAUAUCAGUUCUGAAUGGUGGCAAGCCAGGGCCUCACCUCAUCACUGGAAAUGGAGUUGGAUUUAAGCCAGAUAUUUUGGACAUGGAUAUAAUGGAUAAGGUUCUUGAGGUGAAAGGUGAGGAUGCCGUUAAGAUGGCUCAACAGUUGGCAUUGAAAGAAGGUCUUCUGGUAGGGAUCUCAUCAGGAGCCAACACGGUUGCGGCCAUUGAACUCGCCAAAAGGCCAGAAAACAAAGGGAAGCUCAUUGUGACCGUUCAUCCGAGUGCAGGGGAGUGGUACUUGUCGUCAGCGCUGUUCGAGGGUCUGAGGAAAGAAGCCGAGGCUAUGCAGCCAAUGCCAGUGGACUAAGUUGCAACUAUAGAAUGAAUGCAGACAGAAUAAAAUUCACUGGCUUAUCAUGUUGCAAGUGCUAGUUGCACCUCAUUUGCAGUCUUCAGUUUGUGCCUCAUGUGGACCAUGUGUAAACAACAAUUAAAAUGGUGAGGAGGACUUUAUUUUA